AGCUGUGGGGGUCUGAGGCUCAGACGGGGGCCAUUUUGCCAAACGCUGCCUCCCGGAGUCGGGGGCGGUCUGGCAGCUGGUUGAAGCUGUUUCUUUUCCUUCUCUGCAGCUUAAGGCUGAAGGAACUGAAAGGCUGGGCUCCAUCGAGCCCCCGGGAGACGGCAAUGGUUCCCUCCAGCCACCAGCACCUGACGACCCUCCAUGGCGGCUGCGCCCUCCCCGCUGCUUCUGCUGCCGCCCCUGCCAGCCCUCAGUGCUUUUCGCCUCAAGAGCCACAGUCUUCCUGCCGCCCCAGAGACUGAUGAUAGUCGAGUUGGGGGCACUAUGAAAGGAGAAAAAAAUUACUGCCCUGGAGCUGCGGGAGACCACGCUUCCUGCCCCCCUACACCUUCGCCUCUGGCGUCAGCCCUCUUGAUGCCGGCGGAGGCAGUCUCCAGCAGCUGGUCUGGGUCUGGAGGCGCUUUGUCGGGAGGAGAUUCUGAAGAGGAGGCUCGGCUCCUUCAACUCCUCCGCACCGCUCCGGAUCCUUCCGAAGCCUUCCAGGCUUUGCAGGCUGCUUUGCCGCGGCGUGGCGGUCGACUUGGCUUUCAACGACGCAAGGAAGCAUUGUAUCGGGCGCUGGGCCGAGUGCUUGUGGAAGGAGGUAGUGAUGAGAAGCGACUCUGCUUGCAGCUUCUCUCGGAUGUUCUCCGGGGUCAGGGGGAAGCAGGCCAGCUAGAAGAAGCCUUCAGCUUAGCUCUUCUGCCUCAACUGGUUAUUUCCUUACGAGAAGAGAACGCAGCCCUGCGGAAAGAUGCGCUGCAGAUCCUGCACGUAUGUCUGAAACGUAGUUCUGGACAGGUGCUGAGAACGCUUAUCCAGCAAGGACUGGAAAGUACCGAUGCCCGGCUUAGAGCUUCCACAGCACUCCUCCUCCCUAUCUUGCUUACUCCUAAGGAUUUGUUGCUCGGCUUGGAUCUCACCGAGGUAAUAAUAUCCCUAGCCCGCAAGCUUGGUGAUCAGGAGACAGAAGAAGAAUCUGAGACAGCUUUCUCUGCACUUCAACAAAUCGGGGAGCGACUUGGCCAAGACAGGUUUCAGUCCUACAUCUCUCGCUUGCCCUCUGCCCUGAGAAGACACUACAAUCGCCGCCUGGAGUCCCAGUUUGAAAGUCAAGUUCCGUAUUAUUUGGAACUUGAAGCCUCUGGAUUUCCUGAAGAUCCCCUUCCUUGUGCGGUGACUUUUUCCAAUAGCAAUCUUAAAUUUGGGAUUAUUCCUCAGGAGCUGCAUUCAAGAUUGUUGGAUCAGGAAGACUAUAAGAACCGGACGCAGGCCGUAGAAGAACUAAAGCAGGUGCUGGGAAAAUUUAACCCUGGUUCUACCCCCCAUUCUAGUCUUGUUGGUUUCAUUAGCUUUCUAUAUAAUUUGUUAGACGAUUCUAACUUCAAAGUGGUCCAUGGCACACUUCAGGUCCUGCAUUUACUAGUUAUUCGCCUUGGAGAGCAGGUACAACCAUUUUUGGGACCACUUAUAGCAGCUUCUGUCAAAGUUCUGGCAGACAAUAAGUUGGUCAUCAAACAAGAGUACAUGAAAAUCUUCCUAAAGCUAAUGAAGGAAGUAGGUCCUCAACAGGUGCUUUGUUUACUCCUGGAGCAUCUCAAACAUAAGCACUCCAGAGUAAGAGAAGAAGUGGUGAACAUUUGCAUCUGCUCCCUGCUGACCUAUCCCAGUGAAGAUUUUGACUUACCCAAACUGUCUUUUGAUCUUGCUCCAGCUCUUGUAGAUAGCAAACGCAGGGUACGCCAAGCAGCUCUAGAAGCUUUUGCUGUCUUGGCAUCAUCCUUAGGCUCAGGUAAAACUAGCAUCCUUUUCAAAGCUGUGGAUACUGUUGAACUUCAAGAUAAUGGAGAUGGAGUGAUGAAUGCUGUACAGGCCAGGUUGGCUAGGAAAACCCUACCAAGGCUAACAGAGCAGGGAUUUGUGGAAUAUGCAAUACUCAUGCCAUCUUCUGCCCAGGGUAGGUCAAGCCAUUUAGCACAUGGAGCAGACACAGACUGGCUUUUGGCUGGUAACAGAACUCAGAGUGCCCACUGUCACUGUGGUGACUACACGAGGGAUAGCAUGCAAAUUUAUGGAUCUUACAGUCCAACUCUAUGUACCCGAAGGGUAUUAAGCGCAGGAAAAAGGAAAAAUAAAUUACCAUGGGAAAGUGAGCAGCCUGGAAUCAUGGGAGAAAACCAGACCUCUAAUUCCAAAGAUACAGAGCAGUUUUCAGCAUAUGAUUUCAUCCCAUCUCUAAAACUAAAGCCUUCUCAAGGAAUGCCAGUCAAUGAUGAUUUAUGUUUUAGCAGAAAAAGAGUGUCACGAAAUUUAUUUCAAAAUAGUCGGGAUUUUAACUCAGAUUCUCUUCCUGUAUGUGCUGCUGGUGCUACUGGAACUCAUCAGACAAAUCUUCCUGGGAAAUGUGGACAACAUAGAUUUUCACAGAUUUGUGGUAAAACUGGCAGUGUGGAUUCUGAUUUACAGUUCCUAGGGACAACUAACAGCCAUCAAGAUAAAGUGUAUGGUAGCCUAAAUUUUGGCAGUAAGACACAGCAAACAUUUGGGAGUCAAACAGAGCGUACUUCUUCAUACCCUGGUUCAAAUCCAAGUCCAGGAGCCUACAUCCUUCCAUCCUAUCCUCUUUCAUCACCUCGAACUAGUCCAAAGCACACAUCUCCUCCCACUGUAUCUCCAAAGAAGUCUCAAGAUAAUCCCAUUAAUUUCUCCAGUUCCUGGCCUCUUAAAAGCUUCGAAGGGCUAUCAAAGCCAAGUCCACAGAAAAAGCUUGUCAGCCCCAAAUCAUCUGACCCUACAGGAGAAGAUUCUCAAGAAAAACCUCCGGUUCAACUUACACCUGCCUUGGUGCGAUCACCGUCUUCCCGACGAGGCCUAAAUGGGACAAAGCCUGUCCCUCCCAUACCCAGAGGAAUAAGCCUUUUGCCUGAUAAAGCUGAUUUAAGCACAGUGGGACCCAAAAAGAAAGAGCCUGAUGAUAUUUGGAAUCGUGAAAAAGAUAGUCUUACAAUUGAUCUUUCAGAAUUAAAUUUCAGGGAUAAAGAUUUGGAUCAAGAUGAGAUGCAGAGCUCUCUUAGGUCUCUUCGUAACAGUGCAGCUAAGAAAAGAGCUAAACUCAGUGGCAGUACUUCUGAUCUUGAAAGCCCUGAUUCUGCAAUGAAGCUUGACUUAACUAUGGAUUCCCCAUCUCGGUCUUCAUCUCCAAACAUCAGCUCUUACAGUGAAAGUGGAGUUUACAGUCAAGAAUCACUGACAUCAUCUCUGUCUACAACUCCCCAGGGGAAGAGAAUAAUGUCAGACAUAUUUCCAACAUUUGGAUCAAAACCUUGUCCAACAAGACUUUCUUCUGCAAAGAAUAAAAACUCUCAUGUUGCUGAACAUAGCCCCAGUACAGGGAUUACAACACCCAAUGUGAGCAUAAUUGGUCAACGUAUGAACUAUAGGUUUGGAUGUGGUGAUUUUGAAGAUGGUAGGUCACAUGACAUUUCAUCUAGUGCUGUAAAAAUACAAAAUAAGGAACACCCAAGACAUUAUAAGCAUACAAAAGGAUUUAUAGGGGCAUCAUCAAAUGUACAGCAAAUAUCCAGUGUUGACAUCAUAUCCACAAAUUCCUUAUCAGAAGACUCAGUAGUAGUUGUUGGAAAAGGUGUGUUUGGAAGUCCAAAUUCAGCACCAGCAACCUGCAGCCAAUCAGUGAUAUCAUCUGUGGAAAAUGGGGAUACAUUUCCAAUUAAACAAAGUUUCGAACCACCAUCAGGAAUUUAUGGAAGAGCACUCCAGCAAAAUAUUCCCUCAUAUCUUGAUGUUGAGGAUGAAAAAGAUACUAAAGUUUCUAUUUCAAAAUCUACCUAUGACAAGAUGAAGCAAAAGAGAAAAGAAAAAGAACUUUUUGACAUUAAAGACUGCGAAAAGAAGGAACAGAAUCCCUGGGAACAAAUGAAACAAACAGGAAGUGAGAAAACGGCAUCUGAAAGUGAUACAACUCCUGGAGCCACUUCACAGUAUAAAGAAAGGAUGCCUUCUGUCACUCAUAGUCCAGAAAUAAUGGAUUUAUCAGAACUACGGCCAUUUUUCAAACCAGAAAUAGCACUGAUAGAAGCUCUGAGGCUUUUAGCUGAUGAGGAUUGGGAGAAGAAAAUUGAGGGACUGAAUUUUAUUAGAUGCUUAGCUGCUUUUCAUUCUGAUAUAUUGAACACAAAGUUGCAUGAAACAACUUUUGCAGUAGUUCAAGAGGUAAAAAAUUUACGCUCUGGAGUUUCUCGUGCUGCUGUGGUCUGUUUAAGUGAUCUUUUCACUUAUCUGAAAAAGAACAUGGAUCAAGAACUAGAUACUACAGUAAAAGUCUUACUGCAUAAGGCUGGAGAGUCCAAUACCUUUAUCAGAGAAGAUGUUGACAGGGCGCUGCGGGCCAUGGCUAACAGCGUAACUCCGGCACGCGCAGUCAUCUCUCUCAUCAGUGGAGGGCAAAGCCAUUUACACAUCGCAGUAAGACGGUGUACAGCCCAGCACUUAUCAGAUAUAGUGGAAUUUAUGGAACCAGAACGUAUUUUAUCUGGAGCAAAGGAUAUGGCUGAACGCAUAUUACCUGCUGCUGCUAAGUUUGCUCAAGACAGCUCACCAGAAACCAGGUAUUAUGGGCGAAAGAUGCUUUUCCUCAUGAUGUGUCAUCCUAACUUUGAAAAAAUGCUUGAAAAAUAUGUCCCAUCUAAAGAUUUGCCAUAUAUUAAGGAAUCUGUUAAAAAUUUACGGCAAAAGGGUUUGGGAGAGAUUCCACUAGAUACUCCUUCAGCAAAAGGAAGACGAUCUUAUACUGGCAAUAUUGGAAAUACAAGGUCAUCAUCUAUUUCUAGGGAUGCUUUCAAUUCAGCUGAAAGAGAGGUGACUGAAGUACGUGAAGUCACCAGAAAAUCAGUUCCUCGUAAUUCCCUUGAAAGUGCUGAGUACAUUAAAGUCAUAACAGGUUUAUUAAAUGCAAAAGACUUUCGCGAUCGUAUCAAUGGGAUUAAGCAGCUUUUAUCAGAUACUGAAAAUAAUCAAGAGCUUGUUGUUGGAAACAUUGUGAAGAUCUUUGAUGCUUUUAAAUCUCGACUUCAUGAUUCUAAUAGUAAAGUAAAUCUGGUGGCUCUGGAAACAAUGUACAAAAUGAUUCCUUUACUUAGAGAUAAUUUGUCUCCUAUAAUCAAUAUGCUAAUUCCAGCAAUAGUGGAUAAUAAUCUGAAUUCCAAGAAUCCCGGCAUCUACACUGCUGCUACAAAUGUUGUUCAGGCACUGAGUCAGCAUGUAGACAAUUAUUUACUUCUACAGCCAUUUUGCACAAAAGCUCAAUUUUUGAACGGGAAAGCAAAACAGGAUAUGACGGAAAAGCUUGCUGAUAUUGUUAUGGAACUUUAUCAAAGGAAGCCCCACGCCACAGAACAGAAAGUGUUGGUUGUUUUAUGGCACCUCUUGGGGAACAUGACAAAUAGUGGCUCCCUGCCUGGAGCUGGAGGAAAUAUACGAACGGCCACAGCUAAAUUAUCAAAAGCACUCUUUGCACAGAUGGGUCAGAAUCUGUUAAAUCAGGCUGCAUCUCAACCACCACACAUCAAAAAGAAUUUAGAGGAAUUGCUUGAUGACAAUUUUAAAUGAAUUAUGAAUCUUUGAUAAAGUAUGGUACGAUGAGCAAAACUGUUUACAUGAUGACAAAGGGAACUUUUUAAAAGUUUCAUUUUCAGUGCCUGCACUUGACAUUCAGUAAAUUAAGUCGAUGGCUAUUUUUUAUUUGUAGCCUGUGAGUACAUAUCUAUCCUACAUCACCCUAUACUUGUACCCACCAAAUAAAACCCUAAAAUAAUUAUUAUAUUCUAUUAUUCAUGAAAUAAGAGGCACAUGGGAUAAAUCCAGUUUUAAUAUUUUUUGAGAAAAGUCCUGCUCAUUUGCACUAUUCGAUAGAAACUACAAUUUGUUGCCCUGUAUGUACAAUUAGAUUUGUAAUUUAAAAUAUACUUUUUAU